UUGCUUUUCGGUUCGGCUCCUCGUCGAGUCGCGAGUUUCUUUCGCUUAUGUCUCUCGCCUCUCCUUAGGCGCGCAAACGUCAAAUCGCGCACGUGUUUUUAUUGUGAAAAAUUUUAAUUCGGAAAAAAAAAAUGCGAAUCCGCCGUCGAUUCUUAUCACGGGAAGGCAGACGGGAGUGUCAAGUUUGUCGAUUACAUCAAUUCAUGAGAGAGUGUGUAAUCGCUUUCUUUUAUGUCGUGGAAAAGAGAAGUGAGAGGGAGGAGAGGACUCGUAAAACUGGAACGGCGUGGAUAUUUUAUGGCGCGACCUUGAAGUUCGAUUGUAUGCAUGACCAACGUCGUAAUGAAUUACACGGAAACAGAGGCCAAAGUUCGGGAAGCGACCAAUGAUGAUGCAUGGGGUCCCACAGGGGCAAUGAUGCAAGAGCUAGCUCAAGCCACGUUCACGUACGAGCAAUUUCCAGAAGUGAUGUCCAUGCUCUGGAAAAGAAUGUUGCAAGAAAAUAAACGAAAUUGGCGACGAACGUACAAGUCAUUGCUCCUUCUUAAUUACUUAGUUCGUAAUGGCUCGGAACGGGUCGUUACGUCGUCUCGUGAACACAUCUAUGAUCUCAGAUCCUUAGAAAAUUACACCUGCAUUGAUGAGUUCGGAAAAGAUCAAGGAAUAAAUAUUAGACAUAAAGUUAGAGAAUUGAUCGAUUUUAUCCAAGAUGAUGAUAAACUUAGGGAAGAAAGGAAGAAAGCUAAGAAAAAUAAAGAUAAAUACGUCGGCUUAUCGAGCGAAGCGAUGGGAAUGAGAUUCGGGGGUAGUGACAGAUGGAUGGAUAAUCCUAAAUGGAACAAAUCCAGUACAGAAACGUAUAAUGACUGGGACAAUCGAGGAAAAGGAUUUGAAGAUACAAAUAACAGCGACGAUGGCGAAAGAGAAGACUCGGACAAUGAUACUAGCCCAAAGAAAAGUGGAAGAGAAUAUAGGGAUACAUUGGACAAUAUCAAUCAAAUUGCUAAACCUGCUCAAAUAUCUAUACCUUCUACAAAUACAUCUCCAGCACGGACAACGAGAACUAUCAAGAAAGUAGAUCUUGGAGCAGCAGCAAAUUAUGGAAAAGAGCAAUCUAAUAAUAGUACACCAGUACAACAAAGUAAUAAUUUAUCGUCGCCAACCAAUAAACAGAAGACCAAAAACGAUAUAUUAAAUGAUAUUUUUGAAUCACAGAGCGAUAAUAGCAAAUUAGACGACGAUGAUUUCAAUCCCAGGGCGAAUACUCAGUCCUUUACUCAACCGCAGAAUGCAAAUUUAGAUUUCGGUGAUUUUACUAGUGCAUUUAAUAAUCCCGCGACAACUAAAACGAAGGACAGCAACGACGAGUUUGCCGAUUUCACGUCUGCCUUUAACAACGUCGCUAUAUCUAAUCCCCCGAGUCAGCCGCAAACGCAAAUCAAUUUGAUGGGUGUUCCAAUACCAACUGUGACUAAUACGAACGUCAGUAAUGCAAUGUAUGCUAAUACAAUGCAAACAACAGGCACAAUGACUGGAACCGGUGUCAUCCAAAAUCCUAAAAUAUCCAACGAUUUAUUUGAUUCUUUACCGCAAAGUCUCAAUAAUCAGAUAACAAAUAACAAUACAGUGACUUCAAAUACGGACCUCUUGUCAGAUUUAGAUAGCUUAAAUACCUCAUCUAUGAGAUUACCCGAUGGUCAAAUAAGCAGCCCUAACAAUUCGAACAUCUUUGUAGGAAUGAACAACGCAUCUUCCAACACCGUCAAUUAUGCAACCAAAAACGAAGAGAAUAUUACGUCGACUGAGAGUCUCUCGAAUAAUGCCGCCAAACAGUUAUUGGAAGUAUUAUACACCAUAUGCAGUAUUAAAAGUUCCAUCGAUUUGGAGAGAAUAAGAUCAUCCAUUUUGAACUACGUCAGAUUUUUACCGGGGCUUGUUACCGCUCAAAAAUAUUGCGGUCUCGAUUCCGAUGCGAAACUGGACGCUAUAUUAUAUGGAAGAAUCUUGGAAGAAAUAAUUGAUAAAUUCGAUUGCGAUUGGCCGCUGAAACAUAAAGACGACUUGGAUCCUUUGAUUGAAAAAUUGAUAGUUGUCGAUGGUUCGACAAUUUUCAUGCUGUCGGAAUCUUUGAGGACUUUAACUGCAGCCUUAAACGAGACCAAGGACGAAAAGAAAAUUCGUGUUAUUUCUAUAUUACUGGAGAAUCUAUUGAAAAGCGACGCGAUAUUUUCGGGAAUAGUGAACGCAUGUAGAUAUGAGGUGCGAUCUUACAUGCAAGACGAGGAAUUAGACCAGGCUUGGUCGAAUACAACGCAAAUUUUGGUCUCCCUGCCAAAUCGCGUGUCUAACAAAUUGCAGUUCGACACACCUAAGUCGUACAUGCCGCAAGUUUACGUGAAAACGCUCUGUUUUCACAUAUCUCGCGCGAUAUCGUUUGUCAACGACGGAUUAUACGAAUAUAACAUUGAGCCGAGAACAGUUGCGCUUUCAUCCUUAAUUAGUAAAAUUGUAAUUAGCUUAAAACCGGUUAAUUUUAUUUGCAUCACCGAUAUUUUUAAGGAAUGGUGUGUGGAAAAUAAAAGGAACGAACGACGUUUGAUUGAAAGCAUAUUUCGCGAAUUAAAUUCAGCCGCCAUCGAAUAUAUCGCGAUAUUAUUCUUGAAGCAUUGUGAUCCUAAGCUCGGUAUGCGUCCUAUUUUUGGUAAUCUUUUAAUGGAACAGGAUUGGAGAUACGUUUUAACGACGAAAAUCCCUUUAAUGCGUUAUUACGAAGACGAGAAGUUAAUUGUGAACUUGAUCUCCUACUUGUCAUCCUUUUUGAACGAUAAUGAUAUUUUACUGGAAUUACUUAUUAAACUUUUGGAAGUGUGGAGCGACAGGAGUAUCCUGAAUCACGCAUCUGUGGAACAACAUGAAUAUAUUACGAAACUGAUUAUUCUGUCUGUAAAAGCAUGUAAAGAUCACUUAAAGCAAACUGAAAGAGACCAGUGUCAGAAAUUGUUACUUUCGGGAGUAUCUGUUCAUCUCGAAUGUACAAAUAUAUCUCUGAGAGCGAUAGGUAUGAUGACCGCCGAGAUUUGCAUAAAUGCUUUGUCUAACACAGAUAAUGAUGCACCGAAAUUAAAAUUCGAGUACGACAAUAUGCCUAUAAAAGUAUUGGAGUUACUCGAGUCUCUGAAGAAUCUAAAUGUAUCAUCUGUAGACGUAAAAGAACGAUCCGAACGAAGGGAUCCGGACGAAUUGAUCACCGAGAAUAUAAUCUUUGAUUCUCUGUGUAGCAAGAAGAUCUACGAAUUGGGCGUCGAAUGCAAAAUCUUGCCCGAUUUUGAGAAGAAGAUACCGAACGGAAAAACAGAGGAUAGUUUACCUUCGUUGAAACAUGACAAAUCGAUAAAAAGUAAUCCAACAAAAAAGAAGGAAGCGGAACAACAGGCAAAACAAGAUCGCGAGAACACUUCGGACCUGGACAGCGACGAUGAUUUGGUUCCUUAUGAUAUGAACGACGAGAAACCGUCCAAUAAAGUACGUCCGAUGUAUCUGCGAGAUGUACGCGACAAUUUGACGGACGAACGAACCAUUUCCGAUCCCGAGGUCUUCUCCGAAUCAUUAUCGAUCUGCGAGGAACUGAUAUUAACGCAGCUACCGAAUGACGAUGUGUCCUUCGCUCUAGAACUCUUGCAGCUUCUCGUCACGUUGAGACAACAUUGUUACGUCGAGAACUUUGAACUUGUGAUCUUCAAAUCUUGCGUAGCGAUUGUGACCGUUUAUCCGAAGGAAUCCGCCGAAUUUCUCUGCAAAGAGUUUUACGAAGUCGUCGGCAAAUAUUCUCUCAGCCACCGUUUAUUAUUUCUGGAUAUACUAGCCGAAUCUGCGAAGCAGUUAUCGAAAAUCCAUGUUGAUAAUGCGGAUAACGUCGAAGUUGAGACGACGAUUAAAAAGAAACGAAUUCCGAGCCGCAUAUCGCUCUUUAUAGACAUGGAGGAACGGAAGAAGCAGCAAGUAUGGUACGAAGAAGACAUCGAUAUUGAUCUAGAAGCGUCGGAAGAACAAUCUACAAACUGGCAGGAAAUCGUCGACAAGAGAAUCGCAUCGAAUACGAGACGAUUCGCUCACAGCAGUCUCUCAAAGGCUUCCAAGAUAUACAUUAAUCACUUCGGCAACGUGGUAUCAUCAUUUUUCUAUCCACUUCUACACGGCUUUGGUCGUUACGGUACUUACAAGGUGCAAAUCUUGAGGAUUUAUACUGAUCAAGAGAACAUAUUACUGCUACGUUUUCUGAAGACGUUGUCGACCAUAAUGUUAGCAGCGCAGAAUUGUCCAUCGGCACCAAAGAUGGGCAAGGAAAUAUUGGAACUUACUUGGACACUGAGAAAUCACGAGGAAGCGACAGUGAGAUUGGUUGUUACAGAAAAUAUCGGAUCUGUGCUUAUCGCGGUUCCAAAAGAUGCUAUUAUGGAGGAAUUAUUUGAACCCCUAAUGGAAAUAAGAGAAUGGCUUGCAUUGUCGCAGAAUAUUGUCUACGGUGAACACGAUGCAAAGUGUAGAGCUUUAAAUGCAAAAGUGUUGUCCUUUAUAGACUCGAUUAUUGGAUCCACUUUGAAAACUAGAAUAGAUUAAUAAAUAGAAUAGUAAUCAAUUAUUACAAUAUUGUGUCAGAAAGAAUCCUCUAUCGUUUUAUUCAAUAUUAUACUUAUAGUA